CAUACCGGAGCCUGAAGUGGUCUCACCUGAAGGUACUGAUAGACGUCUUAAGGUACCUGCAGGUGCAGAGGAUGUGUGUCUCCAGACUUCAGUGGUGGAGGUAGCACAUCAUCUUGGUCCACGCUGUGCUCUCUGUGCACCUUGAGGAGAUGCUGCACUGGGCCACACACUGGGGAACAUGUGUCUGGCUCCAGACUCUGUUGGCCUAUGCCUUGGCCAACUGUCCCUCUCAGGCCCCCAGCCCUCACAACUUCUCAGUAGUGUAUACUAUGCCCUUCUUCCAGGCUCGGAGUCCCAUCCAAAACAUUGUCAACAAUUCUCUGUACCAGGAGGUAUACGUGGCAUCUCAAAAUGUGAUUGAGGCUGUGAACCGGAGCCUGGAGAAGGUGUGGCAGCUUCGCACGGGGCCAGUGGGUAGUCCCGAGUGUCAGAUUUGCACUUUGUGUGACAUAGACAAGGAUCCGAACUUUCUGGAGGACACAAACAAUCAGGUCCUGCUGCUGGACACUCUGUUCAUGUAUUUAUAUUCUUGUGGAAGCUCUCAGUAUGGAGUGUGCUACUUCCACCAACUCAACUCAAAUGGAGAAGCCCCUUCCCUUUCUAAGUGUCUCUAUGGCAAAGAGUCCAACUCUGCAGCCUACUGCCCUGACUGCGUGGCCAGUCCCUUGGGCACUAAAGUGACCAUGGUGGAGGAGGGUCAGACUGUCUAUUUCUUUGUUGCUGCCUCAGUCAAUGACAGUGUCACCCAGCGUUAUGGGAGGAAGUCCAUUUCGGUGCGGCGCCCUCUAGCCACAGAAGAUGGCUUCUACAGUGAUGUGCGAGGCCUGACCGUGCUGCCAGGCCUGCGCAGGACUUACCAUAUCCAGUAUGUCUACAGCUUCUUCACUCAGGAGUUUGUCUAUUUCUUGUCAGUACAAAGAGAAAGCCCCAAUCAGGACUCCUCUCCUUUCCAAACCCGCUUGGGCCGACUGCCACGAAAUGAGUGGGAGAUGAAGAGGUACAGAGAGAUCAUUUUGGAGUGUCGCUUUGAGCCCAAGCGCCGGCGCAGAAACGUGGCCAGUGAGCCGUACAAAGAUGUUGUGUACAACGUGGUGCAAGCAGCACAUUUUGGUCGGGCUGGCAGGGAGCUGGCUGAGGAGCUGGGAGCAGAGGAGGAGGAUGACAUACUGUAUGGAGUGUUUGCUGUUACUGAUGACAACGGGGUCACAGAGCAUGACUCUGCUCUGUGCGCCUUUCCCAUGGACAAUGUCAACAAGGCUAUCAGUGAUGGAGUGGACGACUGCUGUGAGUCAGGCCCAGAGCAGCUGUCCAGGGGCCUCUGCCAUUUCCAGCCCUGUGAGAGCUGUCCACAUGAGAGCAUGGAGAACAAUGCCACAUGCAGAGACUACCCCACCAUGGUGUCCAAGCCUUACUACAGAGUGGACCUCUUCAACAGGCAGAUGACAGAUGUCCUGCUCACGUCUCUACUGGUCACAACCAUUGAGAACAAGACAGUGGCCCACAUUGGCACAUCCACUGGUCGUCUGCUCCAGCUUGUACUGACCAGAUCCAGCCCGAUUAUUUUUGCAAACUACUCUUUGGUGGAGAACCAAAGAGUGUCGUCCAUUGCUGCUGUGUACUCUUCAGAGUAUCUGCUGUUCGUGGCUGGAGACAAGAUGUUCCAAGUACCUCAGAGAGGUCCAGGCUGUCAGCACUUCCUGACCUGUGCCAUGUGUCUGACCUCUCCGAAGUUCAUGGGCUGUGGCUGGUGCUCUGGAAUUUGCUCAUGGGAAAGUGAGUGCCACAGCCGCUGGAGGAAUGAGUCUUGUCCUCCUGGGAUUUCUGGGUUCUUUCCACGGACUGCGCCCCCUGAUGGACAGACUGAGGUAACAGUUUGUGGCUGGGAGUUCCAGUCACCUUUGAGACCUGCAAUAAGCUCAAGAACACACCAUGUUCGUUUGGGACAGAAUGCCUGUUCUGUGCUUCCAGUCAAAAGCAACAACACACAUUUGGUAUGCAAGAUCCGCUCUGGAGCCACAGAGCUGUCCAAGCCUGUCAGUGUUACCAUUGAGGUACAUGAAGGCAAGGUGGAGGGUCGCUAUUCAAUAGACGGGAGAGCGGAAAUGCCAGGAUUCACCUUUGUGAUACCGAAUAUCACAGAAAUUCAACCUAACUAUGGACCUCUGGUGGGAGGCACACUGGUCACCAUUACUGGACCUCAUUUAGAUGCUGGAAGGACAAGAAAAGUCACUCUCAAUGAUGUUCCCUGCCCCAUAAAAAAAAUAACAGAACCAAGAGGCAACCUGUCCUCCAUCAUCUGCCUUUCUCAGCCGAUGUUAGAAGUCAGAGAUGUCCCACUAAGUGUUUUUAUUGAUAAGUCUCCUGUUCUCACCAACAAAGUGUUCUACUACAAAGAAAACCCCAUGAUUACAUCAGUGCUACCUGACUGCAGCUUUGACAGGGGUUCAAAAAUUAUUAUUGAAGGAGCAAACCUUGAUUCCGUAUAUCGUACUAUUGUGCGCUUCAAACCCAAUGAGAGCCACCUGAAGCCUGUCACCAGAGAGUGCAUUGGUAAAUCCUCUCCAAACAGGUUGGAGUGCAUCACUCCUGUUUUCCCCCGAGAUGAGACUGAGGAGGGAGAGCUGUCAUUUGACAUGGAUGGGGCCCUGGGGCUGUGGAACAGGGAGUUCUCUUACCACCCAUACGGAGAGCCCAUACCCUUUGAAACAGAUGGAAAUGUACUUAGUCUGUACCCUGGGUUCGAUGAGGUCUCACUACAUCAUCAGAAGCUGAACCUGGUAAGCUCUUGCAUGACCAUUGUUAUGACAGUAGCAGGAGUCGACUGUGAUGCUAAAGUCUUAGAUAAUGAGAUCACCUGCAGAAUCCCUAAAAACAUGACCAUUCCCAGUGAAGGCCUGCCUGUUAAGAUAUCCAUUAAUGGGCAAGUUCAUAAUGUUGGUACUGUGGUUAGGGUCAGUAACCACUAUAUGGUUGGCAUUGUACUGGGGAUCCUGGCUGCCCUAGUUGCUGGGGCGGUACUUGCCUUUGCUGUAAUGAAACAUCUGAGGAAGAAGAAAAAAGCUCAGAUGGUGGAGAGCCGCUUGUCACACAGUGCAAACCGCUCUGGCUCAAACACUGUAGAGCUCACUCCUGUUGGAGACUACAGAAGAGUGGUAUCCAGGAGUCCUCCCACACCUUUGGUUGGGCCUGUUGGGCCAGUGUUGUUCCCAGGCCUGGCCUAUGGAGCUGGCAGCAUAGACCCCACUCUCACCCCACUCAUGCCUGCAGAAAAAAUAUCCAUCACCAGUUUCCGCCCAGAAUUAUUGGAGGAGGUGAAGGAUGUGCUCAUACCUGCUGAGUUACUGAUUGUGCAUUACCACAGGAUCAUUGGCAAAGGACAUUUUGGGACUGUAUAUCAUGGGUACUUUACAGACCACAACAACAGAGAAAGCCACUGUGCUGUAAAGUCUUUAAACAGAAUAACAGAUGUAGAGGAAGUGGAACAGUUUUUGAAAGAGGGCAUUAUAAUGAAAGCUCUCCAUCACACAAAUGUGCUCUCUCUGCUGGGCAUCCUCUUGCCACAAGAAGGACUCCCUCUAGUGGUACUUCCAUACAUGAAACAUGGAGACCUGCGCCACUUCAUUCGCUGUGAGAAGAGGAAUCCGACUGUGAAGGAUCUGAUUGGCUUUGGUCUCCAAGUUGCCAAAGGAAUGGAAUAUUUAGCUCAGAAAAAGUUUGUGCACAGAGAUCUCGCUGCUCGUAACUGCAUGUUAGAUGAGUCAUACACUGUGAAGGUGGCCGACUUCGGCAUGGCUAGAGACGUGUUUGACAAAGAGUACUACAGUGUUCAGGACCACAGGAAGGCAAAGUUGCCAGUUAAGUGGAUGGCUAUUGAGAGUCUACAAACGCAGAAAUUCACUUCUAAAUCAGAUGUGUGGUCUUUUGGUGUUCUGAUGUGGGAGAUGCUGACUAGAGGUGCAAGCCCAUAUCCAGAAGUUGACCCUUAUGAUGUCACACAUUACUUGAUGAAAGGCAGGAGGCUUCCCCAGCCACAGUAUUGUCCUGACCCUUUAUAUAACAUAAUGUUGCAAUGCUGGGAUCCAGAGCCGGACUGCAGGCCCAGUUUUGCGACUCUGGUGUCAGCUGUGUCCACUAUCCUUUCCAGCCUGGAGGGGGAGCACUACAUCAGUCUGAACAUUACAUACGUGAACUUGGACCAGCCUCGGCCCUAUCCUGCACUCACAGAGUCGGCUGAUGAGUACGACUCCACAGACAUGGACGACUCUGGCUCCUCCUCUUGAUCCUCCUCCUGAUCUGGGUGCAGCACAUAGACUCUACACAAAAAGCGCUGUCUACAUUAGAUUGCACACUCAAAAAUAUGUGCUUUUAAAUUUUGAGGAUGUGGAGAUAAAGAAAAUUAAUAAUAGGACCCAAAAGGAACACUGAAGACACAUUUUACUCAGCCACGGUCCUGUUACCGAAGUGGUCAUGGCAGAAAGGUUGCGGCUCGAACGUGGAAAACUGCCAAAAGUACCGCCAUGAGGAGUCAGAGUGAAGACUUGGAGACUUUCUAGUUAAAUCUAUGUUCUUCCUUUUCUGCAGUUGCUGUAUUCAUUUACUACAUAUGUAUGAAUACGCAUAUAGAGUUGCACUGAGCAAUUAGACAAAAGGAGCCAGUUGAUGGAAAAGUAAAACUUUACUGCUUUACAACUUUACUUUAUAAAAUAUUUGUUAGUAAUACUAUGCACAGUACAAAAAGCUGUUACAGUAGCAAAGCCAUGCACUUUCAUACAGAAUUUACUGGUGUAACAUUUCCACAUAUUUCCAUGUGACAUACUGUCAUGUUUAUGACACCUUCAUGUUGCUUGU